GCCCGGCUUUCCUGCGGGGGAGGGCGCGGAGGGCCUUCCUGCGUGAGGGCCGGCUGGCAGCGCUGAUGUGGGAGGGCUGUCAGCAGCAGGCGGCCUCCCCGGCGCUGCAGGAGGCCCUGCUCAGCAAGAUUGUGUGUUUGCCCGAUCAUGUCAGCAACAAAUUCCAGGGGAAAAACCCACCAGUGUUCUUCCCCCAGAACUACUUCCCUCUUCUGGGUGAUGCGAUUAUCCAGGUGCUGCAGAAGAUCUCGGAUUCUCUGAGAGGUGGCUUGGAUUGCUCAAUCUCUUUUGUUUCUCAUGUCCUGGGGAAGGGGUGCGUUCAUGGGAGACAAAAAGAAAUCCUGAGCGUUUUGAUACCCCGCCUAACGGAUCUCACUGAGUCAGACUGCAUCUGGCAGAGAAUAUGCUGGCGACUGGUUGAAUGUGUGCCAGACCGCUGGAUGGAAGCAGUGGUCCUUGGUUUUGUGCAGAGAGCACCCGGGGCAGAUGUCUUGUCUAGGUUGCUGGGGAACCUGGUUGUGAAAAACAAGAAAGCUCAGUUUGUGGUGACACAGAAGCUGCUGCUCUUGCAGUAUGGCCACACGACUGCAGUGCUACAGAACCUCCUUGGCUACCUGUCCCUGGAUGGCCUUCGGCGUGCCUUAUUGAUCAAAGUGGUGCAAGAACUGUUGGAGACCUGGGGCAGCAGCAGUGCUGUGAAACACUCUCCCCCUGAGCAGCAGCAGUAUAUUAGCAAGGCCAUCCUUAUCUGCCUCUCGCACCUGAAGGAGCCUGAAAUCCAGAGCUGCAGACAAGAGCUUCUCACAAGCAUGAUGGAGGGUGUGAAAUGCCACUUGGACAGCAAUCUGCCACAAAUACGGCGUCUGGGGAUGAUUGUGGCAGAGAGCAUUAGUUUGAAAAUAAACACUGAUGGGCCUGUCCUGAAGUUUCAGUAUGAAGAAGAUGAUGAAACAAGAGCAUUGAAGUCCCUUCUGGUGCAGACUCCACCAUUCUGUGUUGUCCCCAGCCUUCCAGAUGAUGAAUUGGAAAGUAACGAGAAAGCAUGUACAGCAGCCCCUGUGAUGCCAGAUGAGGAGUCGGAUGCAGAACUUGACAGCGAUGAUGACCUCAUACCUUACAACAUGUCAGAGGAUAAAGAACUGAGAACUAAGGCUCCUGUGUAUAUCAGAGACUGUAUUGAAGUCCUGACAGGAUCUGAAGAUGUGGACAAAUGGGAAGCUACAAUCAAGGCUCUUGAGAGCUUGGUUCGAAAGAAUCCAGCAGCAACAAGAGAGGUUAGUGUGGAACUGGCAAAAAUACUAUUGCAUCUGGAGGAGAAGACCUGUGUUGAAGGCUUCGUGGAGCUCCGUCAGAGAGCUCAAGUAGCUGUUUUAACCACAGAUCCCAUACCUGUGGCAAAGUACUUGACCUCCCAAUUCUACUCUCUGAAUUACAGUCUUUGUCAGCGCACGGACAUUCUCGAUAUAUUGGUUUUGGCAGCUCAGGAACUGUCCUGUCCCAAAUCUCAUGGGAAGGCCAAGCAUUCUGGUGCCCAAAAACCUUGUACCCAGCUCCUUCCUGGAAGUGACAGCUCUAAGGACUGGAGAAGAAUUGUUGAUGAAAGGAUCAAAAGCAAGACUCGGAGAUUUGCUACGGGUAAAUCUCAUGUGGAACUGGCUUCUGGCCCAAAUGAGUUCAGUUCUGUUGCUGGGCACUUCUUUUUUCCAUUGAUUCAGCACUUUGACAGGCCUUUGACAACAUUUGAUCUCUUGGGGGAAGAUCACUUUGUCCUUGGAAGACUGGUCCACACUUUAGCAAUCCUGAUGUACUUGGCUGUCAACACUGUGGCAGUUACUGCAAUGGGAAAGGCACUGCUGGAGUUUGUUUGGGCUCUGCGUUUCCACACUGACUCGUACGUGCGCCAGGGUCUUUUGUCCUGUAUCUCCUCUGUGCUCCUCAGCUCCCUCAUCAUUCCUGCAGAGCAUCUUCUGGAAGACAUGACAGAAGAGCUUUUGGAGACUCAGUCCUGGCUGGGAG